CGCCCGCCGCCAUCCACCAUACUUGAACGCUUGCAGGCCCGACGACUCGUCCCGCUCUGCCACGCCCCGAGGUCCUGGUGCCCUACCGUGUACAUCUGCCCGCACCCGCCCUCCUUCACCUCUCCCCUCUCCCCUCUCCCCUCUCCCCCUCCGCCAUCGCUCCCUCAUAUCCGUCGCCGCCGCCGGUACUCCUGUUACGCAGACUCGCUGUUGUGACCCGUGACUUUUCUAUGGCAAUGCAUCUUGCUAGCAUGGUACACGGCAGCGGGAGGGAACGCGAGGUGCACGACCGUCACUUCCAACAUCAACACCAACAACCGCACUCGGCCUACUAUCCUCAGCAGCAAGCACACGCACGGGGCUACGCUGCGAGCCCGUACACCUCGCACCCGCAAGCCCAGACAGCCGACUAUCACCAGUACCAGCGCCACCCGCAGUCGCCGCCGUCGCCGCCCGUCGAGGAGCAGAAGCCCUCGCUGCCCUCCAUCUCGAGCCUGCUCGGCAUCGCAGACGGCGAGAAGGCGUCGUCUGAGACUGCCGGCCAGAGCCCCCGGUCACAGCACUCAUCGCCGCAGCUAAGGCAGGAGCAGCAGCGGGCAGGCGCAGUGCAGCACGCCCAGCACGCAGAGAGCCGUCCCGAGCAAGUGACGCAAGCUUUCUCCUCCGCGGUCGUGAGCCACCCCAGAAUGACCCUACCUCCAACGCCGCCAAUGCAUCCGGACCCCGUGGUUGACGGCAAUCAGUCUCCGUCGGCCGCUUCGAGUCACUCUGCGACUGGUCCGUACUACUUGGGCCAGUCCCUCAACAAUAUGGAACCGCACCACCAGCGCCAGAACGGCCCCUCCGCCCCCGCCGUGAAGCGCGAACCACUCCCCCCGCAGGCCUCCAUGUCCCCCUACAGCGCUUCGUCCUAUGCGCAGUCGCCCUACGCCUCCUCUCCGGGCGCUGCCUCCGCAGCAUCUUUCUACUCACCCGAGACGCAUGCCUACAGCUCCAUGAGCAUCUACGGACAGCGACCACUCCCCUCGAAUUUCCAGCCGCAGACGAUGCCUUUGCCAGUGCCAGUGCCAACCACGGCCGGCAACGGCUCAAACCCAUGGCAACACCACCAUUAUAUCAGCGCGUCGAGCCAAUCAGCCUUCCCGCAAUCCCAGGACCGCUACAUCUGCUCUACUUGCAACAAGGCCUUCUCGCGCCCGAGCAGUCUCCGCAUCCACAGCCACAGCCAUACGGGCGAGAAGCCCUACAAAUGCCCGCAGCCUGGCUGUGGUAAGGCAUUCAGCGUGCGCAGCAACAUGAAACGCCAUGAGCGGGGCUGCCACGCAUCCACAAGCGCCACCAUCACGACAUGACGAACACCAAAACAUUUUCAAUCAGUUUCCUGACGACGGGCGUUAUGAGGAACGGCCGUAGUUGACUACUCUACCUGGAUCCAGCGAGGUGGCUUUCGUUCGUUCUGGCAUCGAUUGCCCAGCGUGAUACCAUCUAAACGGCACUUUCACCGGCGUUACACUGGUCGGCGUUUCCAUCGUUUAUCUUGCAUCUUCACAGGCGUCCGUUGAUUUUUUACAUCUCCUGGGUCGGCUCUACCAGCUCCUAAGAUUUCUCAUCGCUCUGAUCAUACUUCGAUACCUGUAUUUCUUCUCAUCAAAAUUUCGGCUGCGUCUGAACGCAGAGAUCCUAGAGGAGGUUCCACAUACCCCGCGAAGGGGGUACCUGGGA